AUGAUAAUAGCCCCUACCAAGGUAAACCUUGGGCUUGUCCACAACAUCAAGUUAGACCUCUCAGCUCUUUUGAUUGGAUCGACUUCUUCUGACAAUGGAUACUCACUGCGCCGUGGGUUCCAGGUCACAUAUUUGUUCGGUGAGAACUCCGAGAAUAGGGUCUUCUUCCCUUUCUUCUUAAAGGUAGACCAAGCCUUAUCCCAGUCGGUUGACGAUGAGUCACCUGAAAAGUAA